AAUUUCAGGGUCAGGUCGCAACACAAGUGGAGCCGCAGCCCCAAGCGGGUCGUUCACCGGGUCGGUCCUAGGGUAUAGUCGACUUUUCCAAUUUGGAUCGUCACUGCAAUUGCCAUUUUCAACAUUUUCUCUCUCCGUUGCUCCGUCGAAUCGUCCACCCACAGAGAGUCGCGAAGAGAGAGAGAGAGAGAGAGAGAGAGAGAGAGAUGAGCGGGCACGACUCCAAGUACUUCUCCACCACCAAGAAGGGCGAAAUCCCUGAGCUCAAAGAGGAGCUCAAUUCUCAGUACAAGGACAAAAGAAAAGAUGCUGUUAAAAAGGUGAUUGCUGCUAUGACUGUGGGCAAAGAUGUUUCAUCUUUGUUCACAGAUGUUGUCAACUGUAUGCAAACAGAGAAUUUGGAGCUCAAAAAGCUUGUCUAUUUGUAUCUGAUAAAUUACGCUAAGAGCCAACCCGACCUUGCAAUUCUGGCAGUUAAUACGUUUGUGAAGGAUUCACAGGAUCCAAAUCCUCUGAUUCGUGCUUUGGCUGUGAGGACUAUGGGAUGCAUCCGUGUUGAUAAAAUCACUGAAUAUCUGUGUGACCCCCUUCAGAGGUGUCUUAAGGACGAUGAUCCCUAUGUUCGCAAGACAGCAGCUAUAUGUGUUGCUAAACUUUAUGACAUAAAUGCUGAGCUAGUUGAGGAUAGAGGGUUUCUGGAAGCUCUCAAGGAUUUGAUAUCAGACAAUAAUCCAAUGGUUGUAGCAAAUGCUGUUGCAGCACUUGCGGAGAUUCAAGAGAACAGUAGCAGGCCCAUCUUUGAGAUCACGAGCCACACACUUUCAAAGCUCCUUACUGCUCUAAAUGAAUGCACGGAGUGGGGUCAAGUUUUCAUAUUGGAUGCCCUUUCCAAAUACAAGGCAGCCGACGCUCGUGAGGCUGAGAAUAUAGUGGAGCGUGUUACUCCAAGACUACAACAUGCAAAUUGUGCGGUUGUUCUUUCAGCUGUCAAGAUGAUCCUCCAGCAAAUGGAACUCAUCACAAGUACUGAUGUCGUUCGGAAUCUUUGCAAGAAAAUGGCUCCUCCCCUUGUGACGUUACUAUCUGCAGAACCUGAAAUUCAAUAUGUUGCAUUACGAAACAUCAACCUUAUUGUGCAAAGACGGCCUACUAUUCUUGCCCACGAAAUCAAGGUGUUUUUCUGCAAGUACAAUGAUCCCAUUUAUGUGAAGAUGGAAAAGUUGGAAAUCAUGAUAAAGCUGGCUUCAGACAGAAAUAUAGACCAGGUUCUGUUGGAGUUCAAAGAAUAUGCUACAGAAGUAGAUGUAGACUUUGUUAGAAAGGCUGUUCGCGCUAUUGGUCGAUGUGCCAUCAAGUUAGAGAGAGCGGCAGAGAGAUGCAUUAGUGUUUUGCUUGAGUUGAUUAAGAUCAAAGUAAACUACGUCGUUCAAGAAGCUAUCAUAGUCAUUAAAGACAUAUUUAGACGAUAUCCGAACACCUACGAGUCCAUCAUUGCUACACUUUGUGAGAGUUUAGACACUUUAGAUGAGCCCGAGGCGAAGGCAUCGAUGAUCUGGAUAAUUGGUGAGUAUGCAGAGAGAAUUGACAAUGCUGAUGAGCUCCUCGAGAGCUUUUUGGAGAGUUUCCCUGAAGAACCUGCACAAGUACAACUGCAAUUGUUGACUGCGACAGUCAAACUUUUUCUUAAGAAGCCAACUGAAGGCCCACAGCAGAUGAUCCAGGUUGUGUUGAACAAUGCUACUGUGGAGACUGACAAUCCUGAUUUGCGUGAUCGUGCAUAUAUAUACUGGCGUCUGCUUUCAACUGAUCCUGAGGCGGCCAAGGAUGUUGUGUUAGCUGAGAAGCCAGUGAUUAGUGACGAUUCAAACCAACUCGAACCUUCUCUUCUUGAUGAACUUCUUUCAAAUAUUGCUACUUUGUCUUCAGUGUACCACAAGCCACCAGAGGCAUUUGUUACCCGUGUGAAGACUACCCAAAAAACUGAAGAAGAUGACUACCCUGAUGGGGGUGAACCAGGGUACUCCGAAUCUCCUUCUCAUGCCGUGGACAGUGCUGCAUCACCACCAGCUACUUCAAGUAGUGCUCCACAUGCUACGGCAAGGCAACCAGUCCCUGCAACUCCUGCUCCUGUGCCAGAUUUACUCGGUGAUUUGAUAGGCCUUGAUAAUGAUAAUAAUGGUAACGGGGCUAUUGUACCAGUUGACAUUUUACAUGAAGGCUCUCCUUUGCCUGUUGUAUUGCCAGCAUCAACUGGUCAAGGUUUGCAGAUCAGUGCACAACUGGUACGGAGAGAUGGCCAAAUUUUUUACAGCUUAUUGUUUGAGAACAACUUGCAGAUUCCCCUCGACGGUUUUAUGAUUCAGUUCAACAAGAACACGUUUGGUGUUGCUGCUGCUGGACCACUUCAGGUCCCACAGUUGCUACCUGGAACAUCUGCUUCGACUCUUCUGCCUAUGGUUCUGUUCCAGAACAUAGCUCCUGGUCCUCCGAACACACUUCUGCAGGUUGCGGUGAAAAAUAAUCAACAGCCUGUGUGGUAUUUCAAUGAUAAAUUAUCAUUGGUGGUGUUCUUCUCUGAAGAUGGGAGAAUGGAGCGUUCUGCUUUCCUUGAGACAUGGAAGUCCUUGCCUGAUUCAAACGAGGUCUCAAAGGAUUUUCCAGGGAUAGUUGUGAACAGCGUGGAGGCAACUCUAGACCAGCUCGCGGCAUCCAACAUGUUCUUCAUCGCAAAACGUAAGCACGCAAACCAGGACGUGUUGUACCUCUCUGCGAAGAUCCCUCGAGGAAUCCCGUUCUUGAUUGAACUCACAGCAGUUAUUGGAAUCCCCGGGCUGAAGUGUGCAAUCAAAUCUCCUAGCCCUGAAAUGGCUCCUCUUUUCUUCGAAGCCCUGGAGAAUCUUCUCAAGAGUUGAUUUCUCCGUCUCUCUCCCCCUCCCACCUUUUUUGGUCUCUUUGGUUACGUUCCUUUUCCGCUUUCCCUUUAACUUAUUGGGUUUUGCCCCUGCAAUGUUGUAUAAUUCUUGGAGUGUUGAGAUCAUAGCUGGUUUUCUUUUAUUUCAGAGUUUUGGCAGCUGUUCAGCUCUUCUGUCGUUUUCGUCAUUUAUAUUGAUUUGUUGAGAUCGGUUGGACAAAGUUUCCGGGUUGUAUACUUUGCUGCACACAUUUGACAGCUCAAAGGUUUCUCUUA